AUGUCUUCUAUUGACUAUGCAGAGAAAAAGCACGCCAUGGAUAUUGGUGACGAUGAAGAAUCGGCCAAGACACGCAUCCACGAACGCAGCAUUACGAGGAAACUCGACCUACACGUUCUCCCUGUGUUGUUCUUGCUGUACUUGUUUAGUAGCAUAGACAAAUCUAAUAUCUCCAAUGCCAAAUUGGGUGGCCUUGAACAAGACCUUGGGUUAACUCCUGUGCAAUAUCGCUGGUGUCUUUCUAUUGUGUAUGUCGGCAUGAUCCUUUUUGAAAUACCAUCCAUCAUUGUCCUAAGACGAUGGAAAGCCAAUCUUUGGAUUGGUAUGAUGGCCAUUGCGUGGGGAGGAAUUACAAUGUGCAUGGCGGCAACCACCAACUUUGCUGGUCUCAUUGUAUGCCGUUUGUUGAUGGGAAUCUUUGAAUCAGGAUACUUUCCUGCAGCAGAGUAUGUAUUAGCUACAUGGUACCUUCGUCGAGAAUAUGGACGAAGAAUAAGUAUCUUUUGGGCGUCAAACCCUUUCUCAUAUGCGGUGGGUGGUCUCCUUGCGUUUGGAAUCUCUGAGAUCCCAUCCGAAAAGCUGAAUACAUGGCAAUGGCUAUUCAUCCUUGAAGGCAUUCCUUCUAUAUUGCUCGGUGUUAUGGCCUUAUGGUGUCUUCCUAUGAAACCUGCAGAUGCUAAAUUUCUGACCGAUGAUGAGAAAAAGCUGCAAGUCGAGCGUUUUACAAAAGAUCAAGGGACGACUAACUUCCAAAAAAAGUAUACAUGGAAAGAUGCCAAGGAGCUGCUCAAGGAUUGGAAACCCUAUCUCUAUUCGUACAUUGUGAUUAUCGGCAUUGCAACUGGUGUUGGCUUCAACUUAACGUUGCCUUCCAUUGUCCAUGGCAUGGGAAAUUGGAGCCCUGCCGUAUCUCAAGCAUUGACUGUUCCUCCCAAUGUGUGUGCGUGUAUUCUCACUGUGGCGGCUGGGUAUAGCUCGGAUCGUUUCCUUGACCGAAGUAUCCAUGCCAUUACGUUUUCUUCACUCUCAGUGGUUGGUCUUUUCUUGCUCAUGUUUCUUCCUGAGGACCAACUUGGAGCCCGUUACUUUGCUGUAUGCUUCACAUCAUCUACAUCGAAUGCAGCUGCUGCAGUAUCGAUGAGUUGGACACCGAGCAGCUUUGGCACGUUUACACGUCGUGCAGUGGCAUUGGCCGUGGCAGGAACCGUUGGCCAUCUUGGCGGCGUCAUAGGCCCACAAUUCUAUUAUGAUGGUCCUCGAUACCUGCAUGGUUAUACAAUUGCUGUUUGCUUGGUCAUAAGCAAGAUCAUCGCUCUAGCGCUAAUGCGGUUUCUUUUGUGGCGUGUAAACAAAAAACGUGAUAACAUGUCCCCAGAAGAGAAACAACGCAUCAUUGAAAAACACGACUUGCAUGAAACUGGUGAUGACAGACAUCCUGAUUUUCGAUUUAUAUUAUAG